CACUCUCGUCUUCGAGCGUCUUUCCUCUCUGAUUCCUUUGCGUUGUGGUGUUUGGAUCUCAUCUGCUUCUCACGUCCGCCGGUGCCCUUGAGCUUUUUCGGUAUGUUUAUCUCUCUUAGCAAUUUUCAUCUCGUCUUGGCGGGUCGCCCACUGCACAAUUUCGUGCAUCCGGCCAUGGUCGCAUCACAGGCGGAUUGCACAAUCAAUUCGGACACCACCCGUCUGCUACGCCUGUGUGCCCAUCGCCUACUGACGUCGUUGCUCUGCACGGACUUGGUCGCCCGGCCUGCAGCACUCUCCCAUCAGCGAGAGCCAGAGUCGCGCAUCCCGACGCGCUCUUGCUGCCGUGGGUGUUGCCAGCACCUGUCGUGACCUGGGCCUCGUGCGCCCGCCGCAUGUGAUGCCUAGCAGCAAGACUCUGCGACUGACCGCCCGCCUAGAUUUCAUUCGAGCUUCCUCACGGUCACUCCUUCACGCCCCCCCUCACCCGCCCACUCCUUCGUGCGAUCCGGAGUUACUGUCGCCGCUUUUCCGACUGUCUCCUUGGCUUAUACGCCCAACUGCCUACGCGCCUCCGCAGGCUACGCUUCUCUACAGUGAUAGAAGGAGCCGGAUCUAAUCGACCAUUUAAAAGACUCUACAGUUCUCUAUCAUAAUUAGAGCCCGUAACCUUACUCCCCACCUCCGUUAGCUCAACCGAUUACCCCGCUU